AUGGACCACAUAUUCAACUUCAUAAACUCUAUGUCACUCAAAUGUGCAAUUCAGCUAGACAUACCAAAUGUUGUACAUGGUCAUGGCCGGCCAAUGACCCUCUCUGAGUUGGUCGAUGCUCUCUCAAUUAACCGGGCUAAAGCCCAUUGUGUCUGCUGCCUCAUGCGCAUUCUAGUUCACUCUGACUUCUUUGUCAUGCAAAAAAUCUCCAAAAAUGAUGACGAAGAAGGCUAUUUUCUUUCACCAGCCUCUCAGCAUCUCGUGAAGGAUAAUCCCUUGAGUCUGGCUCCAUUUUUGCUAAGCGUGCUUGAUCCGAUCCUGAUAGAGCCAUGGCAUUAUAUGACUGAAUGGCUCCAAAAUGACGAUCACACACCGUUUGAAACUGCCCAUGGGCGGGCAUUUUGGGCAUAUGCAGACGAUGGGGACGGUACCGGGACAGUCGGAAAGGCCAUUGCCGACGCAUUUCCACACUUGAAGUGCACUGUGUUUGACCUUCCACAUGUCGUUGCCGGCUUGGAAGGGAAUAAGAACUUGAGCUAUGUUGCGGGAGAUAUGUUUGAGGCUCUUCCUACUGCGGAUGCUCUUUUACUCAAGUGGAUAUUGUAUGAUUGGAGCGACGAAGAGAGUCUUCGUAUACUAAAGAAAUAUAAAGAGGCGAUCUCCAUUGAGAAUAAGGGUGGAAAGAUAAUUAUCAUAGACAUGGUUUUGGAGAACCAGAAAGGGGAUGACAACUCCAUUGAAACAGAACUCUUCCUUGAUAUGUUGAUGAUGGUUCUGCACGCAAGCAAAGAGAGAAAUGAGAAAGAGUGGGCAAAGCUCUUCUUUGAUGCUGGCUUCACUGACUAUAAAAUAACUCCGGUACUAGGAUUGAGGUCUCUUAUUGAAGUUUAUCCUUGA